AUGAAUAAUUCAAUAUUAGAUAUCAAUAGAGAAGAUUGGUUAUUAUGGCAAUUUGCGGAUUCAGCAUUACCUACUGGUGGAUUUGUAGCCUCUUCAGGGCUAGAAUCAGCCACACAAGGAGGUCACGUUGCAGAUAUUAAUUCAUUAUCAAUAUUCUUAGAAUCAAGUAUUGAUAACUAUGCAUAUUCUUCUUUACCUUUUGUAACUGAUACUUGGAAUGCAAAUGUUCUAGCAUUGUAUAACGGAAUCUUUGAGAAAAUAAUAGAACUUGAUGAUUUAUAUGAAGCAUGUACAAGUAACCAAAUUACAAAACGUGCUUCAAAAGCUCAAGGUGUCGCGAUGUUGACAUUAUUUAGUAAAUCAUUUGGAACUUCUUAUGGACAUUUACCUAUAUGUUUUGGGUUGGUAACAAAAUGUCUGGGAAUUUCUAUAGAACGUACCCAACAUCUCUACCUUUUCUUAUACGCACGAGCAAUUCUAAGUGCAGCUGUAAGAUUAAAUAUUGUUGGUCCAUAUUAUGCUCAAAGAAUGUUAACUGAAUGUCAAGUUUUUGUAGAAAAUUCAUUGGCAAAAACUUGUAAAUUACAAUCAAAUCAAGCUGUACAAACAAAUCCUUUAUUGGAUAUUUUACAAGGUAGACAUGAUAAAUUAUAUUCUAGAUUAUUUAACAGUUAG